UGUUAAGGUUUGCCUUUAUUCAAAAAUAAAUUUUACGUUUAUAAUUAAACUCCCACCUAUGAUGUCGCUGGGCUCAUGCUUCUUACAAAAACACAUGCAAACAAGCAAUAUUCCCUUUUGCUCCUCUAAUCAUAUAUGUCAUUGCACACUUUAGAAACUUCACAAAUCCAUCAAAAGAACUUUUUCAAUUUUUCUUAAUAAUUUUCUCCUCCUAUUUUUUAUUUUAUUUUUUUGUUUUUUUGGUUGAAAAUUUUGUUUCUUAAGUUCUCUUCAAAAAGUGAAAGGUGGUGAAUAUUAGUAUGAGUUUUAUCGUGAGAUUCUGAUGAAUAAGUUAUUGUUAAUGAGCAGUUGAUUAUAUAUAUAUAUAUAUAUAUAUAGUAUGGCAAGCAGGCAUGAGAAUUUAGUGGAUCCUGUUACGAGUGUGAUCGAAGAAACGAUAUACGUUGCGGUGGGAAUAGAUGUGAAGGAAUGCAAAUCAACCCUGUUAUGGGCUUUACACAACAAUGGAGGAAAGAAGAUUUGCAUCAUUCAUGUGCAUCGACCUGCACAACGGAUCCCCAGUAAUUUAGGUGGAGGCUGCCCAGCAGAAUUAGUGAACGAAAAGAUUGUAAUGGAGUACCGGAAAACAGAAAGCCAAAAUAUGAAUGAGACCCUAAAAGAAUACCUUUCUAUUUGUCGCCGAAAGGGGGUAGAGGCACAGAGCGUAUGGAUUGAAAUGGGCGAUAUCGGGAAGGGAAUUAUAGAACUCAUUUCUCAUGAUGGGAUCAAGGAUCUUGUAAUGGGAGGAGCAUUAGACAAGCAUUAUAAAGAGAAGAUGGGCCUCAAGUCUAAGAAAGCUAAGUAUGUGUGCAGACAAGCACCUCUUUCCUGCCGCAUACAAUUUAUUUGUAGCAGUCACUGUAUCAAUACCAGGGAGGCAAAGCACUUGAUAUUACGGUCUGUUACUUGGGAGCCCGAUAAGGACAACAUUGAACCUAGAGCAUCAAACUACCGGAGGUCAAAAUCUGUACGCAAUUGGGACAUCACUGAAGCUGGACCAUCAAACCACUUGAGAUUAGAUCCUGUUACACCGAAGCGUCGGCAAGCCCAAGGAGGACUGACCAUACACAUGUUCCAAGAAGAGGUGAAACAAAGGAAAGAAGUUGAGGAAGCACUAGUGAAAGAGAGAGAAGAACUUGAAAAGUUGAAGAAUCUGAAAGACCAAAUGAUGGAAGAACUUCGGAUUGCCAAAGAAGAAAAAGCAUUAUUAAAGAGCCAAAAUGAAGUGUUACAAAAAGAGAGAGAUGAGUUGCAGAUUGAGCGUGACAAUGCACUGCAAGAAGCUGAAGGGUUGAGAAGUAAACAAGCGGAGGCCUCUAUUCAAAUGUUUGAGUUCUUGCCCUCUGAGAUUGAAGAAGCUACUCAAGGCUUUGAUGAUUCCCUUAUAAUUGGACGAGGAGGAUAUGGGAACGUUUAUAAAGGUCUCCUGCGUCAAAACCAAGUUGCUAUAAAGAGUCUAAAAUCUAAUGGCUCGCAAGGCCCCUCAGAAUUCGGAAUGGAGGUUCGUGCAUUGAGUCAGCUGACGCAUCCCAAUCUAGUCAGACUUAUUGGAUAUUGUUCUGAAGCUUCUGUCCUCGUCUAUGAGUAUCAUCCCAAUGGAAACCUUGAAGAUCGGCUCAACUGCAAGAACGAAAGUACUCCAUUAUCAUGGCAAACUCGAAUACACAUUGUCACAGAGUUGUGCUCCGUCCUCGUUUAUCUUCAUUCUAGAAAACCUCACAGCAUAGUACAUGGUGAUUUGAAACCCUCUAAUAUCCUUCUUGAUGCCAACUUUAAGAGUAAACUUAGUGACUUUGGACUCUGCCGUAUAUUAUGCCAUGAAAGAAGAUCAAGCAACGAUACAACACUGUGUCAUUUUACAGACCCAAAGGGCACUUUCCAUUACAUAGAUCCCGAGUUUUGUGAAACAAGAAAGCUUACUAGGAAGUCAGACGUUUACUCAUUUGGAGUCAUAUUACUACAAUUGUUGACGGGCCAGAGACCACACUUCGAAAUGGAAAACGACGUGCAAGUUGCCUUAGAUGCUGGAAAGUUGCCAUCCCUCUUGGAUCCUUUGGCUGGAGACUGGCCAAUUAAGACUGCUGAAGAGUUGGCUCACUUGGCCUUGAGGUGUUGUGACAGGUACCAAAGGAACCGACCAGACCUUAGCUCAGAGGUCAGGAAGGUACUUGAACCGUUGAGAGCUUCAUGUGUGGCCUCAUCCUCAUCCCCUGGCCAUAAGAGGAAAUAUCUUCAAGUUCUAGCGGCAGACUCGAGUACAAGGUUUUUUACAUCAAGCAGAGGCUUUGAGGAGACGGCUGGACAGUAGGCAUAACACGUCAGGCAGGAUGAUCCUAAUUUCUAAGCUUGCACACUGUAAAUAUUCUAAAUUCCUGAUCACAAUGACGGAAGAAGACUCUAGUUUUAAACUAGGAACACUACAACCAAGCACCAGACAAUUUAAAGCUCUACAAAAACAAUAACAGGAGUUAUUGAUUUGAACACCAUCUUCAUGCAUGUGCUUAUAAAAUCUUUCUUUCUUCCCUUUUGGAAA